UCCGGGCUCCGCGGCUCCGGGCUGCUCGGGGAGGCCGGGCCGCAGCGCAGGGCCCGGGGCGGCCCAGCAGAGCGGCAGAGCGUGGGGACGCCAGGGCGCGCGCUGCGGCUGGAGACCGGGAUCUCCAAGGACGUCUCGCUCCUGACCUUGCGGCCUCUGCUCCUCUGCUGCGCCCUCGUGGGCGAGGCGGGGGGUGGCACUCUGUGGGAAUCGUCGCCCCUAAAUCGAGAGGCUGACGCUACAGGCUGGAGGUUGCUGGACACCUGCAUCCGUCUCCCCAGAGACUUCCUGUUCCCUGAGCUGCCUCGGGGCAGCAGCUUAAGACUCCUCGGAAGCGGGAGGACCGAAGCACCCCGGCCACCCUUCGUCCUCUUUGAUGGAGCACCUCCCCAGUUUCUGGGGCACCUUGGGGUGUGGCGUUGGUGAGUGAAACUUGGGGUGCUGCCUGCCGGGAAGGAAGUCGGAAGCACAGCGGAUACUGUGGGGGUGACCCCGGCCUGGCGAGGCCCUGAGACUUGAAGUCUGUGGGUGGUGGCGAAUGAAUUUGGCUGUGCCUCCCUUCCUUACCCCGAACUGAAAAGGAGCCAAGCCACACCGGCCACUGCAUGACCGUUCAGGGAGUCGGGGAGCCCCUUGUGAAUUCGGAGUAGGAGAAAUCACCACCAGAUACCUGUUCUGAACCCGAGCAGAUUCUGCCUUCCGAAGCGGCCCAGCGAAGGGCCGGGCAGCGGCCGUGGGACCGGGGGAGCUCUCUGCACAUCCCAGCCAUGUUCCUGCGACGGCUCGGUGGCUGGCUCCCGCGCCCGUGGGGCCGCCGGAAACCGGCGCGGCCUGACCCGCCUGCCCCAGAACCGAGGCGGGUGGAUAGCUCCCCUGAGAAUUCGGGGAGUGACUGGGACAGUGCACCGGAAACCAUGGGAGAUGAGGGAGCUCCCAAGACCAAGGACUUGGGGACACUGAGGAGCUCCAGGGCUGCUCCAGAACCAAUCAGGGAGACCCAAGUUGAGCACUUGGGGAGCAGAAGAACGGAUUCCCUCAAGUGGGACCAGACUGCGGGUGGCACCCAAGAGUCCGGGAGACUGGAAGCCAGAGGAGCCAUUCCAGCAGUGGGGUGGGACCCUGUGGACACAGGUGGCACCAGAAAACCCAGGGCAUCCCCUGAAGGGGGGCUGGGUGCCCCAGGGCCUGAGGCCCCAGUGGAGAAACCUGGCCGGCGCCAGAAGCUGCUGGUCUGGCUGCGAGGGGAACCAGGGGCUCCCCCAGGGGACCCUGAGGAGCGACUGCAGAUUUCCACCAACCUGACCCUGCACCUGCUGGAGCUGCUGGCCUCAGCCCUGCUGGCUGUGUGCUCCCGGCCGCUGCGUGCAGCCUUAGAUGCUCUAGGGCUCCGGGGGCCUCUGGGCCUCUGGCUGCACGGGCUGCUGUCCUUCCUGGCUGCCCUGCAUGGGCUCCACGCCGUGCUGAGCCUCCUGACCGCCCACCCACUGCACUUUGCCUGCCUCUUUGGCCUCCUGCAGGCCCUGGUGCUGGCUGUCAGCCUCCGGGAGCCCAGUGCGGAGGAAGCUGCCACUGACUGGGAAGGCGAGGGGCUGGGCAGGGAGGGCGAGGAGCAGAGGGGAGACCCGGGGAAGGGGCUGGGACCGUAGCGGGGUGGGGACAGCGGGAAGCUAGUGUGGCCUUUAGGAGUGGAGAGCCACAAGCACAGGGACCUCAGGGACAGGGAAGAAACCCCCAAGUGGGAGUGCGCAGGGCCCCCUCCUACCCAGGAGAGAGCAGAGCCAUCAGGGCGUCCGUGUCUGUGGAUGGCGGGGCAUUGCCCUGGGUUCACCAGCUGUUGUUACUCUUUGCUUUUACAUUUCUCCCACUUCUAGUUCUUUCCCUCACCUCUUUUUAAAAAGCCACACACACACAAAGUGUGAUGGUGGAGACACCAGAGGGCCCUUCUACCUUCCCGAGCUCUGCAAGGGUGAAGGAGACCGGGGAGGCAGGGGAGAGCUCUACGGUGAGGGCCACUGGGAGCCCGGAAAUAGAGCCACCUAGGGAGGAGGGAGCUGCCCUAGAAGUGGGGUCUGCUCUGGGUCCACAGGACAAGAUGCCUUCAGGGAAGAUCUGGUGCUCACUGGGGCCGCAGGGAGUGGGACGGUGUGGGCAGCUUAGAAGGGCCGGCAGCCCUGCCGAUGGGCAGAGGGGCUCAGAGCUUGGCGUCCCCACUGGAGGCCAGGGGUUUGCUCACUCAGCAAUAAAUACCCGUGUCACACUAAACCCUAAAUACACCACUACCAUGUGA